AUGCAUAUUUUUAAUAUAUAUAAUAUUUUAUUUGCUUGCCUUAUAGGCAUUGUAUUCUCUUCUGGUGUUGGUGAGGUUCAGUUAGAUCCUAUUAACAAUUAUAAUUCAAGGAAUUUAAAGAAAUCCAAAUUGUUACCUAAGCAAAAGAGAUACACUUUGGAUAUUUAUUCCUUUGGGAAUACAUGUGUAAUUGAUUAUGAAAAUAUAUGUGAAACUACUGACUACAAUAUCCUUGUGAAAGAUGGAAUAAGUGGACAUAGUGUCAAGAUUAUGUUAGUUCAAAAGGAAAAAAGUGAUAUCAUAUCAGUACAUACUUUAAUGGGAAAAUUUAACAAGCAUAGAGCUGUGUUUUUCUCGUUUAAAAACAUUCCCUCAUUAAACUAUAAUAUUAUUAUAGAAGUUUCAGACUUAAUAUAUAACCAAGAUUAUGAUAUUGGAAAAGGAUGUCAUUGCAGAUCAUGUGAUGAUUUUACAAGAGAAAUAAGUUUGAAUAAUAUGGAAAAUAAUAUUAUACAUAAAACUAAAAGUGACAAGAAAAAUAGAUUAACAUAUCCUCAAAAAUCUUUUGUUAAUGGACAAAACUUAUUUAACAAAUUUUUAUUUUUCCAUUCUGAAAUAAGUUCUAGUACUAUUGAAAAUUAUCAAACAUUAUAUGAAAAUUAUCAUGAAUUGGUAUCUCCAUGUUCUGGAGUUAUUAUGACUCAUUCAGAGAAAUAUAAUAUUCAUUAUGAUAUUACGUCGUCAAAUGUUCAUUGUUAUCAUGUAUAUUUAGUAGAUAAAUUUAUGAAUAAAUUAAGUAUGAACAAAAAGGUUGGUGAUGAGAAUAUAAAAUUUAAGAAUGCUAUAAUGAUCUCAUUCGAACAAAAAGACAGUGAUCAACUAAUACAAAUUAUUAAUAAUCAAAAUAUAAACCUUCCCUUAAUGUAUGACAAUAGUUAUUAUAUAUCUAGAGGUACUGUUCGAGGAAGUUUAAUUAAAAUCAAUAUUCAUCGUAUUCUUUCAAAAGCCAAAUAUAUAUAUAAAAAUAAUAUGUACAAUAGAAUGGAAUAUGUGCACAUGUUCAGAAUUUUAUUUCAAUUAUAUGCACAAUAUAAUAACAUAUCAAAUGAAAAAAUGUUAUAUUAUACUACUGGUUUGUAUUUACCAGAUGGUAGUGCAGAUAUGAAUCAACUACAUAACGGAAUAUAUGCCUUAGAAUUAGCAGUCUUAUUAAAUUCAUUGAAUUUCGAAUUUAAUGUAGAAACUAUUGGAUUAAACAAUAACGUUGUAAUUAAAAAAGAGAAAGAUUUUAUUUCAGAGUAUGGUACAAAUGUAUAUGCACAAAUAGUAAAUAAUCAAUUAAUACUAAGAGAAUCAUCAACAGAAAUAUGUUUAAUAAUAUUAGAAUCUAUAGCUCGUGAAUUUAGUAUAUAUAUAAAUAAUAAAUUAAAAAGUUCAUUAAAAAAUAAAUGUUACAUUAUGAGAAUUGCUAAUAGUUAUUCUAACAUAUCUACAAUGUAUUAUACAUAUGAAUUAGAUUGUAACAUGACUUUAUAUUAUCAAGAAUUUCAUUUAUCUGAUGAUAUUAUGAUUAAACAACAUAUAACGAACAAAACCUUAUUUGAUGAAGUUAGUAUUGAGCUUGUUUAUAAUGAAAUAUUUGUAUAUUCUGUAUAUGUACAUGCACAUUUAGAUAAAAAAAAUGUAGAUACAUUAAAAAAGUUUGUACCAAAAUAUGUAAAUAAUAACAGUGUCAUAAGUAUCGUAGUAGUUGGACGUAAAAGUGAUAGAACAGAAACAUUUGUAGAUUUUGAAUUAAAAAAAAUAUCAUUUUCAAUAAAUUGUAUCGAGAAUUGUACCAACACAGAGCCAAUAGUAAUAGAAGACAAUUACGAUUAUAUAGCUAUAAGUAAAAUAUGUAUAGAGAAUAAUAAUGGAUUAUCUACUAUAUGUUUUCCUGAGUAUACAUUUUCAUAUAUAUUUGAUACUAGAUUAUUAAGAGUACAUACGUUAAGUAUCAAUCCAUAUCCUGAAAUAGUAUUAACGGAUGAAACUCAUACUGAAAUAACAGAAUCGUAUUAUUGUGUUUUGAUACCUUAUGUACCUAUAAUACCAAAUAUAUUUCUCCCUAUUAAUUAUAAUGAUAAGGUAUGUAAGGAAUAUAUAAAUCGUUGUCUCCUUAUAACAUCUAAAGUGUUGAUUAAUAAUACGGAAGUACCAAAUGUUAUAAAAGAUUUACAUGGUAAUUUUAAACUUUCUUUCUUAACCAAUUUUAAUGAAAGACACGAAGAAAUGUUACAAGUUGAAUAUACAUCAAAUUUGAGUUCUCAUAAGGAGGAACAUAUUUUAACCCAUUAUAGUAACAGUUUGUAUACAAAUAUGCACAAUAAUAUGAUGCAUUCUAGUCGUGAGAAAAUAAUUUUUAAUUCUUCUGUGAGGAACGCAUCGCAUAAUUUGGUUGAUGGUGGUGAUGGUGAUGAUGAUGAUGACAAUUUUUAUAAUUAUGAAUCAUUAUUAGAAUUAAAAGAAUAUAAUAUAAAAAUAUAUAAUGAGUUAAUAUAUAACAAUGAAUUAAACAUACAUGUGCAAACAUCCAAGAAUGAUGAUAUAUCAUUAUAUCCCUUUGGUCAAAUUAAUGUAAAUUAUAAUAAGAUAAAGAAGAAUGUGUAUAUGAAAUUUAUGAAUGAUUAUAUAUACUUUUAUGAUGAGAAAGAGGAGGGGGUAUAUAAUGAAAGCAUAUCUGUCAUACCAUCAGUACCAUCUAUGUCUUCAAAUCAGAACCCAUUUGUGAACGUAUCUCCUUAUACUUAUGAAUGUUUAGGUGCAUAUGCAUAUUUAAUGAACAAGUUCAAUAUAUUAGUGAAUGGUUCAUUAAAUUGUGAGGCAAUAAAUAUGAUUAUAGAAGUAUUAUUGAAAGGUAAAAUGGGUAAAUAUUUCAUAGGCAAUAAUAAGAAUAAGAUAUAUUUAAAUUUUUAUAAACGUGAUAAAGGGUCAUUAGAUGUGUUUGAUUUAGUUGAAAUGAGGAUAUAUGAAUCUCAUGGAAUCCCAUUAAAGCCUAUUAAGGUAUACAAAUUGAAUGUUAGUAUUGAUGAAUAUAAUCAGAAUUUGCUUUAUGCUCAUAAGAAUUUGAAAUAUCCUAAUAAAUAUUAUUCUAAUGUUUACAUUUUGAUGUUUAAAGUAGCAUAUUUGUUUAAUAAUUAUGACUUUUAUACAUUCUUUUAUGAUUUAACUGGAAUACGUUUAAUAGAUUCUAAUGUUAUCAGUAAUAUAGGUCAAUUACCAAAACAAGAUAAAGAGAAUAUAGAAACUGUGCACGAAUUAUUAAAAGAAAAAUUUGGUAUAUCUAUUGAUAGGCACACGACCUCUUUUGAAGAAUUAUUAAACGAGAUAUCAUUAUUGGCAGCAUAUAUAGUUGAAUUAACAUCUUCAUAUAAGUUAAGUUCUCAAUAUAUAAAUAAUAAUUCAAGUACAACGUCGACAAAUGAUAAUUAUAAUUACACAACUCCCUUUGCUGAGAUAAAAUAUUUCGUAUAUGUAGAUGAGUUCAAAUAUAAUAAUAAACAACAUGAUAUCAACCAAAUGAUGUAUCAUAUGUCACAAUUGGAUGUAUUAUUGAUAAAAAAGAAAAUUCUAUGUUGUUCUAAUUUUGUGGAUGAAGUAGAAAAUGCCCUUAAAUAUUUUAUUUUAUAUAAAUAUAUUAGUAAUGACAGUGAAGUAUAUAUACCUUCAGAUAAUAGAAACAUGAUAACUAAGGCAAAUAAUAUAAUACAGAAAUUGUUAGAAAGACCUAUAGAAUCUAUUGAUAUAUGUGAAUAUGGAGAGGAUGAGAUAUUAGAUAUAAUACAAUUAAUAAUGUCAAAAUCUGGAUAUAUAUCAAAAAUGAUACCAAGUGAACAUCCACAUAUGGAAUGUAUAAACUUAGAUAUGAUUGAUCAUAAUGAAAAUGUUAUAAGUAAUUUUUUUACAGCUGCUGAUAGUAAUGGGAUAUUAGUAACGAUAACUAUGAACAGAACAUUACUUGAUAAUAUUAUAAAGAUACAAGAAGAGAGUGAUAAUAGUAUGGAUUAUAUGGUAUACUUUUUAUACAGAAAUUUAUCAUACCCAUUUGUUGGAAAAUCAAAUAAAAAGGAAACUUUAGAAAUGAAAAGAUUUUUAUUGGUACAUGCAGGUGAACCUGUAAAUUAUAGGAAGUCAGAAAUAAUAUUUAAUACCUAUUUAGAUAUACUAAAUAAUAAUUCCAUUUUCAUGUUAGAGAAAAUCAUUUUUGUAUCUAAAAAAGGAGAUAAAGUAGUUAAAGAAUUGAAUGUCGAAUAUCAAACAUUUUUUGUUCAUCCAUUUAAUUUAUUAUUAUUAAUAGAUACUGAAGACCCAAACAAUGAAAGAAUUAGAACCUUUGAGACAUAUUAUAAUAAAAGGCUUACAUGUAAUCAUUAUAAUAAUGGGUUACAGGUGUGUGAUAAUUAUCCAGAAUUUUCUUAUAAUGUACAUUAUUCUCCAUUUUAUGUAUCUUAUUUAGAGAAUAAUCAAAGAAAGGACAUUUUAUUUACAAAGAAUGAAGUACUCUCUCAUGUGGUAAAUAAUUAUGCAAGUAUAAUAUCUAAUAGAUAUAAUAUAAAAUUAGGAGGAAAGGUUAUGCAUCCAGAUAUAUAUAACACAGUCCAAAUGAUAGUUCACGAGGUGGCUACUUCUGUUGGAACGUAUAGUUUAAAUACUUGUGGCACAUUAUAUCUGAAUAAUAAUCAAUUACAUUUAAUGAAUGAUAAAAAUUCUUUAAUAUCUAACAUAUGGUAUGAUAAUUAUUAUUGUAUAAAUAGAGGUGCGAUAUUUAAAGAAAUCAUCGAAAUAUGUCAUUUUAAGAAAGACGAUUUGGCAAAUCUGUUUGGUGAUUUACAAAGUAAUAUAUUACCUUAUACGUUGAACAAGCAAUUUUUUGAUACAUUAACAAGAGAUGAAUUGAAGACGUUAAUUUAUUAUUUCGUAUCUAUACCACCUCAAGUUAUAUCUGCUUUAAAAGAAUCAUCGAUAUAUUUAGAAAUAAAUGAAUUGAAAGAUGGAAAUAAAAAUAAUAAUAUGAUUAUCAUAAAAGACAAUAUGAUAUAUAUCAAUAGAGAAAUGUUAAAUAAUGUCGAAAAUAUGAAAGAAUCUUUGGUGUUAUUUAAUACAAAGUUAUACACGAAUAUAAUAAAAUAUAUACCUACAUCAAAAGAUGAAUUGUUGAUAAGAGAAUUAUGGGAUGUACAACAUUAUAUGGAAGAUUAUAUUUAUAAUAAUGAUGGAUGUAACAAUUCUUUUUUUACAAACAGGGGAUAUUUAGAAUUGCCUCAUAAUAUUUUAACAUAUCAUUAUCCAAGUUUUACCUAUACAGAUAAUGAAGAGAUUUAUAUAAAGAAAAAACCAGAUUCACAUUUUUCAUUUAAUAAUGUAUUUUUAUAUGAGGGUCAAAAUUAUAUGAAAGAGAAAUACUUGAGUGCCAUUCUUGUUUUGUCUCCAUAUAAUUUUUCAUCAGUGGAAGAAGUUUCUUAUAUACGUAUAAUAGGUAAUUCCUUAGAUAAUAAAAAUCAGUUAAUUUUAAAUUGUUAUCCUCGUAAAAAUUAUGAUAAUUCUUUUGUAAAAGAUUUUAAUUUGGAGCCUUAUUCCAUUUAUUUCGUUUGUAAAAAUGUGUUCGUGCAAUAUUUGAAAAAUGGAUUAUAUGAAUUUAAUAAUUAUUUUAUUCAAUAUGAAAAGGAUGGUGAAAUAACUCGUCAAAUCCUUGAGCCCAUGCCAGUAAGGCCAGUAUAUGAGGUAAAGAAUAAUAACAUUUUAUUACCUAUUGAUGAGGAUAAGAUAUCGAUACAAGUAAAGAAUAUAAAUAAGGAAGAUACUAAAAAUGAUAGUAUUGUUAAAUAUUUAAUAUAUGUAUGUUCAGAUUCAAUUAAAUUACAUGAAGACCCUUAUAUGGUGGUCAAACCAAUAUUUACUUUAAAAUCGUAUUUGUAUAAUAUGAGCACACAUAUAAUUGAUGAUUAUAUGUCUUAUAAAUAUCCAAGAAAAUUAAAACAUUUGGAGUAUAUCAACAUUCCAUUUAGUAGAAGUAUAUUUAAAAGUAACACAAUAGAUUUGUCAUUAGUACAUAAUAAGUUGGAAGAAGAUAAUAAGGUGUGUACAGUAUAUGGUUUAGAAUUUAUUAAGAGUUAUGAAUUAAUAAGGGUGAUAAUAAGGGAUAUAUUUAAUAAUGAGUUUGUGGUAUGUUUGGUUGACGAAAGUGUUGUUCCAGGAGAUAAAAAUAACACCAACGGUAAUAAUAAUAAUAAUGAUAAUAGCAAUAAUAGUAGUAGUAAUAAUAGUAGUAGUGAUAAUGCUUUGUCUGAAAAGGAGAAGGAACCCGAAAUUGUUGUGAAACCAAUAAGUGGUGAUAAAAAAGAAAAAUGGAAUCCAUUUUUAUUAAUCAUAGAAUGUGCUGACCCAAGUAAAGAAAAUCUACCAAAAGAAAAAUUUUAUUUUGUUGUAUUUACAAAAUGUGUUAUUCAUGAAGGCCAAAUGUCUCUAAGAGUUAUAGGAACAGAAUAUAUGAUAGACCGAAAUGUAGAUGUAUUGUUAACUAGAAAUAUCUUUGAUGUCAUAUACAAAAAUAUUCUUAAGAAAGUAACAUUAAUAAAUGGAGAUUAUUAUGUGAAUAUUUUAGAGAAUGUAGAUAUAAUGGACAAUAUUCGUUCUAUAAACCCUGAAAAGAAUAUGCAUGUAGUGCGUGUAGAUAAAAAUGGAAUGGACUAUAACGAAAAUAAGAAAAAAAUUAUAAAAAUGGAUGCAAGAAAAAGAGACUUUAAUAUUGAUUUGAAUAUUGAGAAAAUAAGAAAAAAUACACAUAUUCUUGAUAUCCCAAAAGUUUUAUCAAUAAUUGAUAAGAAUGAAAAUAUACAAAAAAAUGAACAAAAAGUUGUGAUUCCACAAAUCAGUUAUGUUAGAAAAGUAGACUGUUUAAUUAAUAUCAGUCAACUUCCUCAAAAUAGUAGCACAUCGGGUGAAUUAUUUAGAAAUUCCUACAUUUUGUUGACUAAUAAUUUAAGUUCCAGUAUAUGUAAUGUACAAGUUGUACAUGGAAAAUUUGUUGGAACUUGUAUCGAAGGAGAAUGUAUAUUAGAAGAAUCUUUUCUUAAGCGAAUGAUUGAAGAGGGUUCACAUUUGAUUGACAAGAAUACAAUAAAAGAUGGUUUAUAUGAAUUGAAAAUUGAAAAACGUAUACAUUUAGAUAAAGAAAUUAAAUCAUAUGAAAAUUUCAUCAUAAAUGGUUUAACAGAUAUUAUAUCAUCAGAUAGUUUAAAACCAUCAAAUACUUUGUUACCACCUACCUCUUAUGUAUGUAUUAUUGAAAAUAUAACUGCUGGUGAUAAAAUUGGUUUGUCACAAUUUAAAAAAAUUAUAGAAUUUGAAAGUGUUAAUAAAAUAAAAAAUGGAAGGUAUAAGAUACAUAUGAUAAAUGGAGAGUAUAUCAUUCAACCUAUAAGAAAUAGUGCAGCACAAGAAAAUGAUGAAAUACUUAAAAAAUGUAUAAACAAAGCAUGGAGUAUACCUAAAAAAGAACAUACUGGAGGAAUGUAUUACAUAAAAGUUAUGGAUAGAAAAAAAUAUGAUGAAAAGGAAAAAAGAAAAGACGAUAUAUUAUAUAACAAAACUGAUAAAGAUGAAAAAGGAUAUUAUCUAUCAGUAAAUAGAUCAUUGCAAGGAAAUAUACCAAAUCCUAUUGAUAAUAAAAUAAUACAUUUUGUGUCAAAUAAAAAUCUUUAUAAUUCAACACAUUCUAUAAUAAUAAUAGAUGGUAAGGUUUAUAAACCGCUAGGUGGAGGUGGAGUUGCUUCUUCAGUUUACAACGUUGAUUUAUUUAAGGAGGAUGAAGAAAAGUUUUUUUCCGAUUUAAUAAAAUUAUUAUAUGCUAAACCACAAAAUGGUUUAUAUUAUGUUCAAAUUUCUAAAGAGAAAAUAGACGACAUGAUUAAUUAUGGUAUACAUGACAUAAUAACCAUUCGAGAUAAUUCUUUUUUUGAAGAGUUAGAUAAAGAGAAUGCAACAAAUAACGUAGGAUAUCGUAUGUUAAUAACAAAUACGCAUCUAGAAAAUGUAGGCACGAAUAAAGUGAAUGAAAUGGUUAUAGUUCAUAAUUAUUUUAUGAAACCAGGAGUAUACUACAUAACGGUGAAGGACGGAAAAUAUAUUAUGGACGAUUUUAGUAGUGAAGAUAAAACUGACUUAAAGGAGACUGGCAUAGAGGAUAUUAUCAAAUUGAGUGGGACAAAUUUAAAAGAUGAUGUAUAUGAAAUAGUUAUUGAACGUGUGUACGCAAUGUUGGAAGGAAAAAAUAUAUGUUAUAAGGAAAUUGAAAAGGAUGAAAAGGGUGAAAAGGAAGAAAAUGAUGAAAAUGAUGUAAUAUCACCAAGUGUUGUCGAACCAAAGAAACAGAAAACCUUUUUCAGAUCCUACGUUUACUUAUUGGAUAACGGAAAUGGCGAAACAUGUUCCUUCAAAAAAAUUAUAGAAGGAAGUUUAGAUGAUAUAAAAAAUGGAAGAUAUAGUGUACAAGUCUUGAAUGGUUUUUAUUAUCCAUCUAUCAUUAGUGGACCACAAAUAAAAAAUGAUUAUAUCAAAACAAUAAUAGAUAAUGCCUGGUUCUUGGACGAUAAUAGAGAAUUAAGAUAUUAUGUAGAUGUUCAUACAUAUCCAGAAAUAAUUCAUAUAAGUACUGCUGAUGAGAUAAUAGGGGAAGAAUACUAUUAUAUAGUUUUAAAAUAUUUAGAUGGAGAACAAGAUGAAAGUUUUGAAAAAUCUCAGAAAAUCAAGAUAGUUGCUCAUAAUUUACAAAUAGGAGAAUAUGAAAUUGAAGUAAUAGAUGAUAAUAAUUUCAUAGGAAAGGAUAUUUAUGGAAAUGAAAUGGAACCAAUGUUAGUGAAAAAUAUUAUUUUAUUAUCUUAUAGCAAAGUUAAAAAAGGAAAAUAUCAGAUCACAAUUAUGAAGCAUAUAGUAAAAAUAAAAUCCAAAAAUGAUGAUUAUAAUAUAAAUAAUAAGAAUUGGUUAGGAACCUCCCUAUCAAAAGAUAACAGUCGUAGUAACAACAUCAUCUUACCCUAUGCAGAACAAACAUUACCUUUGAAUACAAUAAAUUAUCCACGUAUUAAUGCAAAUAGUAUAAUAACUGAAUAUCGUGCAAAGAAAUCUUCAAAUCGAAUUGUAGAAAUGACUCACUGUUCUUCUACGAACAAACAAAAUUGUAGAAAUUUAUUAAGAAGUAGAAGGUUAUUAGUUUAA